CAGGCUCCAGACGUCGCUGCAAUUCGACCUCAAGACGGUCGCGGAGGCGUACGGGGACGCCGAGGAGUUCACCAAUUGCCUAGCCACCUACACGGUCGGGCACAGCGGGAAGCUCAAGCUGUUCCACUACGACCUGCGCAAGGUCAUCCAGGUGGGCGGGAUCUUCAGCAUGUUCUGGAAAGGCACAGUCUUCAUGAUGGACGCCAUCUGCUUCAAGAACGUGGUGCAGCAGAUUGUCGUGAUCCUUAUGGCGAUCCUCGUCGGCGCCUUGUCCGGCGUCGGCGAGGACGAGUCGUCCUGGCAGGACCUCGCCGCUCAGAUCAACCAGCUCGUGCCCUUCAUCCUGGGCAUGUACGUGUCGCUGAGCCUCGCCCGCUGGUGGGCGCUCCGCGAGCGCGCGCUGGGCGGCAUCUUCCAGGCCCUCUCGGACGUCUGCAUGCUGAUGGCGGACGCCUGCGUCCUGGCCGAGUACAGGCCGCUGCACGACCAGCUGGCAAAGUUCGGCCUGGCCUCGGUGGAGCUGGUCAUCAAGGCCGCAAGGGGCAUCGAGAAGAUAGACGACCUGGAGAUCAAGAAGUUCCUGACCGCGGAAGAGGUGGAGCUCCUCACGACGCUGACGCCGAAGCAGCGGGCGAUCGCGGUGUGGUCUUGGAUCGCCCGGACGUGCAGGAUGGGGUUCGAGGGCCUUCCGCCGCCGAACUUCAACAUCGUCCAGCAGAGGUGCAUCAUGGCUACGCAGUCCAUACAGCUGAUCGACAUGUACUUGUGUACCCAGCUGCCCUUUGCGUACGUCCACCUGCUGACGUGGCUGGUGCACGUGCAGAACGUGGUCGUAGCUCUCAACGCGGGGCUGGCCAUCAGCCAGUAUUGGGAUAAAGACGUGCAGAAGUGCCUCAUGGAGAUUAUCAUGGCGCUCGUUGUCUGCCUGAUCUACCAGGGACUCCUGAGCAUCUCGUACGUUAUCGAGGACCCGUUCGGGGACGACCUCAUGGACUUUCCGGUCAUGGCGUACACCAGCAACAUCGCCUCGACGCUGCACGCCGUGCAGUCGGCCCAGAUCUCCUGCCCGGCGGUGCACCGGCUGGAGCGGGCGCUGGAGAGCGCGAAGGCCCGGGCGGCCACGAGUCCUGAGUCAGUUGGGGGCAGCCAAUGGUACCUCGUUCCCCUGUCGAUGCGUCCUCAGGUCACGCAGGAGCUCGACACGCAGGGGCUCGAGAAGCCUGGGGUGCUCGGCGCCGAGCCCAACGGGGGCCCCACGCAGCGGCGCACGAGCUGGGCGGACGUGCCCGAGAAGGUCGCCGACGAGCCGCCGCCCGCCGAGCCGCCGCCGGCCGCCACCUCGGAGGCGCCGGGGAGCGCCGCGGACAGGCCCCCCGCCGCUCCCGAGGCGCAGGCCCGCGGCGAGCAUCCGCAGCGCGGCCGCGGCACGGCGAAGAUCCCGGGCACGCCGCGCAGCGAGGGCGCGCCGUGGUCCCCCUCAAAGGGCGGGGAGCACCGCGCGCACGUGCCCGGCUCGGCGAAGAUGUUCUCGCCGAGCGAGAUGGUGGCCUUCGGGCCGCUUCCCUUGACGGAGAAGGGGUUGCCCCGAGUGCUCGCCGGGCACUGGUUUUUGACCCCGCCCGAUGCAGAUGUCGCGGUGCCCUUGGCCAUUAGCGCGGUGUCGUCCCGCUUACGCUCCAGCGACCGGAGCCCGGCGGCGAUGAAAGGCGGCGGCAGUGUGGAGGCCGCGCUCAGGAGGGUCGCCCGGAACCUUGGCCGCCGGCCAGAGGAUGUGUCUCCGCAUAUCGAGCAGCUCAGGCAGAACUGGUACGACGAUGUCGCCAGUCUCGCCACGGUCACCCAAGACGACCUGUUAGCGAUCGGGCUCCCGCUGAGGAUUGCCAAGGAGCUGCUGCGCGAGAUCAGCGGCGACGGCGGCCACGACUUCGACAUCCCGCGGCGCAAGGGCAAAGACAAAGACAAGGGGAAGGAAAAGGGGAAGGACAAGGACAAGGGGAAGGACAAGGGGAAGGGCAAGGACAAGGACAAGGGCAAGAGAGGAGAAAGCUUCGAUGCCUUUGGCCCGAUCAAGGCUGCGCGGCCCAGCAAGGGCAAGGGCAAGGGCAAGAAGGGCGCCGACGACGCGGCCGCCCGGGUGCACGAGAUCCCCAUCGCCACGGAUGGUGUCGAGGAGGACUUCCCGUGGAAGGACCGCAUCCUCGGGGAGAGGAGACGGAACGCGGACCACGUGCAGCGGGAGACGGGCGUGAAGGUGUGGCUGACCGGCAAGGGCACCGGCGACAGCGACGCGCCUCUCACGUUGUCCAUCACAGCGUCGGGCGCGGUCGGCGACACCGAGUUCGACAAGGCGGUGGAGAUGUGCGAAGACCUGCUCGAGCACAUCUACGAAGAGGCCGCCGGCUGGGCCGGUGCGGACGAGGAUGCCGAGCCUGGCAAGGGCGCGAAGGGCAAGGGGAAGUCGAAGAAGGGCAAGUCCGACGGCAAAGGGAAGGACAAGGGCAAGGAGAAGGGCAAGGGCAAGAGGAGCUGGCACGACGAAGAAGGCCCGGAGCAGAAGCGCCGCAGGUGA